AUGCUCGUAGCUCAUCAAUUUGGGGUGUAUCUGCUUCUCCUCUCUAUAUAUCCAAGGGCAGCACUCGCUGUCCCUACCAGCCAAACCCCUCUCUCUUCACAAUAUCUUCUAAACUCCCCAGAGGGGCCCCCUCUACAAUCAGCUAAUCCUCAGGGGCCCCCAGAGGGGGCCCCUGAAGGGGCCCCCGCUGAGGGCCCCUCUGGGGCCCCCCCUUCUGAGGGCCCCUCUAAAGUCCUAUCUGAGGGCCCCUCUGGGGGCCCCUCCCUCACCCUCUCAGGGGCCCCCAAAGGGGCCCCCUCUGAUGAACCCACUGGGGACCCCUCUGGGGGCCCCCCUGAGGACCCUUCAGGGGGCCCUCCUGAGGACCCUUCUGGGGGCCCCCCUGAGGACCCUUCUGGGGGCCCCCCUGGGGCCCCCUGUGAGGCCCCUAUUGGAGAUCCUCCUGGGGGCCCCCCUGGGUCCCCCUGUAAGGCCCCUAUUGUCGGAUAUCAACAGUGCGUGCAUUAA